AUGUGGCAAGGUAUAGUGGUCCUCUCAGACUACAAACAGAAGAACAUGUGUGCAUCCUCCCAUGAUUCCUCUCUGCCUAACGAGUUCAACACCUUUUAUGCUCUGAACCAGCCAACAGAGCCAGAACCAGCCAACAGAGUUGUAACCUUCAAGGACGCCAGGUGCUCUCGCUGUGUGCAGAUGAGUCAACUAAUCAAUCAGAAACCAAGUCAUAAUGACGAGAAACCAAGUCAUAAUGACGAGAAACCAAGUCAUAAUGACGAGAAACCAAGUCAUAAUGACGAGAAACCAAGUCAUAAUGACGAGAAACCAAGUCAUAAUGACGAGAAACCAAGUCAUAAUGACGAGAAACCAAGUCAUAAUGACGAGAAACCAAGUCAUAAUGACGAGAAACCAAGUCAUAAUGACGAGAAACCAAGUCAUAAUGACGAGAAACCAAGUCAUAAUGACGAGAAACCAAGUCAUAAUGACGAGAAACCAAGUCAUAAUGACGAGAAACCAAGUCAUAAUAACGAGAAACCAAGUCAUAAUGACGAGAAACCAAGUCAUAAUGACGAGAAACCAAGUCAUAAUGACGAGAAACCAAGUCAUAAUGACGAGAAACCAAGUCAUAAUGACGAGAAACCAAGUCAUAAUGACGAGAAACCAAGUCAUAAUGACGAGAAACCAAGUCAUAAUAACGAGAAACCAAGUCAUUAUUAUGAC